ACCUUUAUUUGUGAAAGAUAACCUGGAGUACCUGGCUCGUCUAAUAAACUGUACAAUAGAUAAGUAAUUAAUAUGUGUAGUGCUGCCAUGAGUUGUGCAGAGGGGAUUGUGAAGUUUUUAGUUGCCGGAGCAAAUCUAAUUUUUGCUCUUGGAGGACUCGCUCUUCUGAUCGUAGGCAUCUUAUAUAAGGUGAAUUUCAGUCACUACACAGAUGCAAUUCCAGACGAUUAUCAAUCAAUAGGUCUAGCGCCUGUUUUGACCAUCAUAGUAGGAUCUAUAAUAUUUGUCAUAGCUUUUUUUGGAUGCUGCGGAGCUUUCAGAGAGAGCUCAUGUAUGCUAACCACAUACGCUGUUAUUUUACUUAUCAUAUUCUUCAUGCAAAUUGCUAUAGGAAUAUUUGUUAUGGUGGAAGUGAAUAACGAGGAUACUUUCAAAACUAAAGUAGAAUCAGCUAUAACGAAGGUAUUUACUCCGGUCAUACAAAAUACAGAUAACACCACCAAAGAGCUGGUAGACCUCAUCCAAAAAGAGUUUAAGUGUUGUGGUAUAAAAUCUUCGAGUGAUUGGACUACCCCACCGGAUACUUGCUAUUCAAAUCAGAAUUCUACAGGAACUUUAUAUACUCAGGGCUGUGCGGAAGCUUUUUACGAGUUUUUGGAGAACUCCUUGAAAAUUAUCGGAAUCGUUAUUUUGACCCUUUCAUCUUUAGAGAUAAUUGGCUCUAUAUUUUCACUUUGCUUAUCAAGCAGCAUCAAAAAUAGGGAAAGAAGAUUUAGGUAUUAAAUUUAUCUGUUAUCAUGGUUAGAUAACGACAACAUAUUAGCAAAUAUUCGAACAAAUCCAAAAAUACACGAAACUUGUGAACGUAGAAUAUUUUAUUGAACUAUCAGUAUUUGUAGACAAAUAAAUUUUGUUAUAACACUUUUGCAAAUUUCUUCAAAUGAUUAUGACUUCCUAAUUAAGAAAUGUACCAAAUGCGACGCUCUUUGACGUCGUCUUCAGAUCGGUUCUCAAGCCCGAACGACGGGUGUUAAGAUGCUCUGAUGAGACGUAAUAACGUCGAAACUAGUCAGUGCUUAAGACCCUCUCCUUGCAAUUGCGAGCCAUUGAGGAUGUUAAUAUCGACAAAAAGAUCAAUUGCAUAGAUAAGAUAUCUAAAUCCCCAACGCACUAUUCGUUAUUUUACCACAACCGUCAAGGUCUCCCUCUAGGCGCGCAAUCUCGUUAUGUAGAAGCCAGACCUCGUAUACGUCGUUUCCAUAGUCCUAUACUUUGAUUAAUGUUUCAAAUAUUCACACUUCUGUUCAUUGAAAUACAAAGUAUUUCAAAAAAAGGCGAACCCUCUCUUAGUUAGAAAACUGAAAGAUAUUUGCGCUUUGAUCAGUAAAAAAUUUUCGUAACUCCAUCCGUAUCCUCGAUAAAGGGCGUAUACACAUUUUUAACGAAUUUUGCCGUAACUACUGGCGAAAUUAUAUUCAAAAAUUGUUUUGAAAUACCCUGUAUAUGUAUUUUUUUCCUCGUUUCAACAUACAAUAAUUUAAUAACCUUUCUAUUGUAGCAAUCUUGUGUAAUAUUAAUUGAAAGGAGCUGAAAAUAAAUAUUGUAAAUAGUAAAAUCGAUAAAACAAAAAAA